UUAUGGUUUUCAUAGCCAAUCCUCCGGAGUCUACUGUUGUUGUGGCAACUACAACGCUGCGCAUGCUCAUGUGUAAAGGAAAUAUGGCGGGCACCUGUGUCAAAGUGGAUUAAAACAGGACAGUUGAAGGAACGUGUAUAAACAAACAGGUGAAGAUGGCAGAUGAGGCUGAGUUAAACACUAAAUCCAGGAAGUUAAAAUCUAGUUCCACCCGUCAUCUGACCAAAAAUGACAAGAAAAUUCUUGGUCAAAAUACGGAGAGAAAGAAGGAGGUGGUGGCUUCUCAGGAGAAGUACAGCACCAACAAAAUGAGGACAUACAACAGUGCCUGGACACCGGUGGUUCACAAACCUUCCAAUGAAAUGAUAUUUCAUGAAAGACGGGAUCUGGUAUCUCAUUGGUUUGACCUUUGGUCGGACUCCCAGAGGAAGCGGUUCUUUGAUGUGGUGUUCCAGCAGUGCCGACGUAACCAGUACAAGUUUGUACAGAAGUGGUUCCAGGAGCGGGUCCCACUUCAACACCUAGACUUCACCACUGUACUGCCUCGCUUUCUCAGUGUGUACAUCUUCUCUUUCCUGGAACCCCAGAGUCUGUGUAGAGCUGGACAGGCAAGCUGGCAUUGGAAGUUCCUCACAGCACAGGAUGAAAUAUGGAUGCCAAAAUGUUUGAAGUAUGGUUGGAUCAUUCCUUAUAAAGCUGCCAAGAAUGAGUAUGGAGCCUGGAAACAGCAUUAUGUGUUGUGUGUACACUCUCAGGGCUAUAUUCCAGCUAAUGAUGUGAACUCCAGUGGUGGGAUAGGUGUCAAUCAGACUCCUUCAUUGUCCACAAAGAGGACAAAGUCAGCACCAAGAUCCGGCCGACUCUCACCCUCAACCAGUAGACGUAACAUGGAUGUUAGACCUCCAUGGGUGGGUGUGUCUCAGAAACCAAAAGAUUUAGACAAGUCCUUCCAUGCCUUCCUUCAUGGAUACAACCCCAAUGAUCCAAAUAUCCCAAAGACUGCCCUCAUCCUCCAUAACAAGUGGGGAAUCCCGAAGAAACAUCAUGAACAAGUUGUAAGCCGAUCCCAGGAUUUUGAGCUAGGCCUUGAUUCUUACAAGAGGAAGGAUGGCCAUAGGACUCUCACAGAUAACAAAGUGACAUUGUCAGGUGUCACAAUGCUAGAGGGUCAAUCUGGAGAAGACUAUGACCUGAAGCGUUUGUCUCAGCGCAAGUCACUGAAGGACACCAUGGAUUUAGUUAACAUGGAGGAAAAUCGUGUGAAACAGCUAGUGGAUACAGAAUGGUACCCUCCUCACAGGACACGAGUUCAAAAGCCUGAUAUGACCAAAGGUGUCUUUCCCUACAACAUCAACCAGACUGAAUCCGACCCCAAAGGUCAAUUACAGGUGGAAAAACCUCGAGUAGUCUUCAUCUCCUCAAGGGUACCAGCAGCUGAUUUACUAGCUGAUGCUGUGCUGUUUGGAGUUAUCCCAGUGGUGUAUGAGUAUGAAGGAACUACAACAGAAACACUCCUUCUAAAACUGGAGAAGGCACUCCAAGGGAGACAAGCACAGAGCAUUGGCCUAUUCUGCCAUAGCCAGGAGCCUGGAGAAUUACGAUUGGUCCAGAAUUGCACUGUUACUUUGGAUACACUAGAUGUGUCCUAUGUCUCCCAGUUCUUUGAGACAGUGGCUGACCGCAUUAUACCACCAAACAAGGGUGGACAACUGGAUGUGUUUGUCCCGCUCGCAGCAUCAGAGCCAGGCCUAGAGAUGUUGAUACAACUGAGUGUGAUGACAGGCAUGCAGUUGUCUUCCCCUACUGGGAUCAUAGGCUACUACAACCAUGUUAAUAGUGACUGGCUGUUGCCUUAUAAGGAAGGUCCGCCACCAUCUAUGUAUUUCUGUACAUCUAAACUGGAUGUGUGGACCAACACUGCUGACCAAGCCAAGGAAGCGCUAGGUACCUGUAAGAAACUGCUGUCUCCUUACUUCGAGAAAACACACAAGGAUAUUGUGUCUCAGCUGACAGGUCAGGUAGUAUUUGAUGUGCUUGGACAGACAGAAAUCCAGGGGACAAACAAAAUAGCUGGCGUCCUGACAGAGGGUCUCCGCAGUCUGGGUAAUGAGGAUAAUGUAAACCCUCUCGAAUUCCUUGGGAAGUUUUUACUGCAACGAGCUGGUGUAGAUGAUCUGUCUUUCACAAGUAGCCUAGAAAAGUCAAGGAUGAUGAAGAAACCCCCUGUGGACCGUUACGAGUCUGUUGACUCCUCUGCUGGUGAUGAUGAUGUGUCCCAGGAGGACAGUGAGGUGGAGCAGAUCAACGGCCACACCAAAGAGAUGGAGGCCUUCGGGGAAGAAGAUGAAGUUGGGGAGGAGGAGGCGCUGAAGGAAGAGACCUCGCCACGAGAAAUGAGAGAGAAGGCCCAGAAUGAACAGAGCGAGAAGGAACAACAGAGACAGAAGAAGAGGGAUAGAAAGGAGCCGGUAACAAAGAAAGGACAAAUGACAAAGCAGAUGAAGGACUUCAAAGUGACCUUUGGUACCAUGACCUUGACGGGCAAACAUGAGCAUCUGACACCUAAAAAGUUCAGUGAACAUCCAGAGAAGAGAACACCUGUUGCCAUGGAGAUUCUUUCAAGUGAGAUUGAAUACAACAGGAUAUUGAAAGGAAUCAAGGAUACCUAUGUAAAACCUCUCAAGGCAGCCCUCAGUGCUGACAGGGCCAUUGCAAGUUUCCAGAAUGUACAGAUUAUAUUUACAGACCUAAUGUAUAUAUUGGAUGUAAGCAGUGAAAUGGUUGAGGACUUGAAGAAUCGUCUUGCUGACUGGGACCCGGCCAAUACCUGCCUGGGUGACAUUUUUGUACGUUUCUGUACCCACCUCAAAGUCUACACCAACUUUGUUAACAACUAUGAUGUCAUCCUACAGUGUAUAGAACGUACUAAAGAACAAACACCGUCCUUCCGAGCUUUUCUCCACCGCCAUGAACGAAUCCCAGAGACUCGUAUGAUGACUCUUCAGGAGUUGAUGUUACUUCCUCCUCGUCGUAUAGAACAGUACACAUUCCUACUGAGGUGGUUUGAGGUACACACACCAAAGUUACACCAGGAUAGAGCUGACCUUGCCGAUGCUAUACAAACUAUAGGAACCCUGAACAGACACAUACAGGAGACAAAGCAGAGACUGGAGAGAGAUAGGACCAUGAUUAUGUUACAGAAGUCUAUUCUCAACUCACCAAGUCUCCUUGAAUCCAAUCGCUACCUUAUCAAACAGCAGGAUGUUGCCAAUCUUCGACCUCCAGCCAAGACAAUGGUUCCUGAGCUGAGGGUUUACCAGCACUUUGAGGACCUUGGACUUUUCCUGUUCAAUGAUGCCUUGGUGAUAACCCGACGUACAUCCAGACAUUUCCCAUUCACACGCGCUGUCGAGCACACCUACAGGUUUGAGACAAGCCUGUCCCUCGCACGGCUCAAAAGUCAUUGACCUUGACAACACUAAAUACAUCCAAAAUGGGUUCAAGAUGGAAACACCAAAUAAGGAGCUGUACUGUUGUACUUCAUGUGAAGAGGAUAAGUUUAAUUGGAUCACAUUGUUGGAACAAUCCAUUCGAACUGCCCUUGAGGGGUGAACAGACCUCCCUGCAUGGACCCAACACUACACAAGCACAAGUCUGUGAUACUGCCACCUCUUUCUGUAAUUAGACCUGCCCAAUAUACAAUCACUUUUUAUUGUUAUUUAUUUCAGGACUUUUUGUAUUGUACAUGAAAUGUCGGAAAUGUGGGUUUUUUGUUGGGUUUUUUAAAAAUCUAAAUCAACAUGUAAAAUUGUGCAACUGCUCUAAAUGAGUGAAGAUCAAUUUACAUACGCGUUUGUUGUCAUGGAGGUAAAGACGAUUAUUUGAACUUUGAUUUGUUAUUUCCUGAAUGUAAAUGUGAUAUUAAAAGAAAAUAUGAGGUAUUAAAAGGUUCUGGUUUGCUAAAUGAGUUUUAGGAGCCAGCAUUUGAGGAAUUUAAAGAAUCUAGAAAAUCUGUGAUAAAUAUUUCAUCAGUUUCAAUUUGUUAAAUUUGUUACCAGUUUAUUUGGACUCAUCAGAAAUGUUGUGAUGAUGUGUGGAACUCGGUGUUUGGCUAUAUUUUGUGACAUACAUGUUAUUUAUUCUUAAAGAUUUUUUCUGUUAAGUUUAAUAUGCAUAUAUGUAAUCGGUGUAUGUUGCUGUUCUUGUUUUAUUACCAGUAAUCUGUUAGUGGACCACCAGAUAUGCUGGCAGUAAAGAAUGUUUAAAGAUCUGUUGAUUAUAUAUUACACCUUAAAUCUUUUCAUUAUAACAAUUGUAUAUCCUUACUCUAAGCUUUGGGAGAAGCAAAAAUGUUAUUGUUUUUUCCCCGUUUUACAACUGAGUGCAGUAUAUAUCUUUUCUUAUUUCUGUCCUUUUAUCUGUCCCAAAAAUCCCCAGGUUAUUUAUUGGUAUUUGGCUACCAACAUAUAUUGAUAUCUGGUUACUGAUAUGAAUUAAUAUCUGAUUAUACUGAUAUAUAUUGAUGUGUGGUUACCAAUAUAUAUCAAUAUCUGGUUACCAAUAUUAUUGAUAUCUGGUUACCUAUAUAUAAAGUUAUCUGGUUACCAGUAUAUAUUAAUAUCUAGUUAUUGGUACAUGUUGAUAUCUAUAGUAACCAGUAUAUGUUGAUAUCUAGUUAUCGGCACAUGUUGAUAUCUGGUUACAAUUAUAUAUAGAUAUCUGGUUACCAGUUUUAUUGAUAUCUAGUUAUCGAUAUAUAUUGAUAUCUGGUUACCAGCACAUACUGAUAUCUAGUUUCCGGUACAUAUUGAUAUCUAGGUACCAGUACAUGUUGAUAUCUAGUUACCGGUACAUAUUGAUAUCUAGGUACCGGUACAUAUUGAUAUCUAGGUACCAGUACAUGUUGAUAUCUAGUUACCGGUACAUAUUGAUAUCUAGGUACCGGUACAUAUUGAUAUCUAGGUACCGGUACAUAUUGAUAUCUAGGUACCAGUACAUGUUGAUAUCUAGUUACCGGUACAUAUUGAUAUCUAGGUACCGGUACAUAUUGAUAUCUAGGUACCGGUACAUAUUGAUAUCUAGUUACCAGUACAUAUUGAUAUCUAGGUACCAGUACAUAUUGAUAUCUAGGUACCGGUACAUAUUGAUAUCUAGGUACCGGUACAUAUUGAUAUCUAGGUACCGGUACAUAUUGAUAUCUAGUUUCCGGUACAUAUUAAUAUCUGGUUACCGGUAUAUAUUGAUAUCUAGUUUCCGGUACAUAUUGAUAUCUAGGUACCAGUACAUGUUGAUAUCUAGUUUCCGGUAAAUAUUGAUAUCUAGUUUCCGGUACAUAUUGAUAUCUAGGUACCGGUACAUAUUGAUAUCGAGUUACCGGUAUAUAUUGAUAUCUAGUUUCCGGUACAUAUUGAUAUCUAGGUACCGGUACAUAUUGAUAUCUAGGUACCGGUACAUAUUGAUAUCUAGUUUCCGGUACAUAUUAAUAUCUGGUUACCGGUACAUAUUGAUAUCUAGUUACCAGUACAUAUUGAUAUCCAGGUACCUGUACAUAUUUAUAUCUAGUUACCGGUACAUAUUGAUAUCUAGGUACCGGUACAUAUUGAUAUCAAGUUACCGGUAUAUAUUGAUAUCUAGUUUCCGGUACAUAUUGAUAUCUAGGUACCGGUACAUAUUGAUAUCUAGGUACCGGUACAUAUUGAUAUCGAGUUACCGGUAUAUAUUGAUAUCUAGUUACCGGUAUAUAUUGAUAUCUGGUUACCAGUAUAUUGAUAUCAGGUGUGUUUAACCUUGUAAUUGGUGCUUGUUAUAAAGUCUUAACUCAUUGUUAGUUUGAAAUGAUUAAAUUUAAAACGAGACUGUUAAUAAUUUUAUAUUGUUUUGUUUGGUUUUGUAAUUUAAGAAAUUGUGGUUAUAUCUUUACAUUUGUUAUUAUGCUGCUGCAGACUUUCUACCAUUGUGAAAGAAUAAUUUCACCCAAUAAUUUGUUUAUUAAAGUUGAUUUAAAACAAAUACAUGUAUUGAUAUUUAAUUAUUUUGUUUAGAUUACCAAACAUUGUAUAAACUUGAUAUUCUAAAUGAAGUCUUGUUAAAAUUAAAUGUCUCCAGCUGAGAAAUCAAAUAACUAUGUUAUAUAACACAAUAUAGAAAAUUACUUAAGAUGAGCAUAAUUAGAUGAAGACUCAGAAACUGCAUAAUUCUAAUCUUUCAAUGAUUAUUUUUUCCUUUCUAUAGAGUAGUUUUACUGCCUAGUCUUUCAGUCCAUUUCUGCUGUCAGUUUGUGAUGAAUACUUCUUUACUUGGCCUGUUUACUGUUUAACAUUGGUCCGCAGUCUUUGUACACUGUAUGAGGUAGCAAAGAUCCCAUAUGUAAUCAAUUGUUUUUUGUUUUUUUUUGUAUUUGAAAAUUAUUGGCUGUGAAAUGUUACCCUACCUGUAAUUUUUAAUAGAUUGUGACCUUUUUAUGCAGUAUAUGCAUGUACACUUGUGAGAAAAGUGAAACUGACAUGUCUGCAUUUUUGCCAAUUUUUAAAUCAUGUGGCUCUUAAAAUGUCAAAUGUCGGUGUGUAAAUUUACUUUUUACUGAAAUCCAUUAUCACGAUUUUACAGUUGUGAUGAAUCGUCAUCACAUGAUGACAGUCUUUGUGGAGGUACGUGUCUCAGCAUUUGUAAUAGAUUUUUAUCCCUCAGAAAAUUUGAGGGAAUGCAGUUACACAGGGUUGUCUUUCUGAUUGUGUUGCUGUAUGCAUUAACAGGUGGGAAUAAGUCCAUCUGUCUGUGUCGUUGUAAUAACAUACCUGGUAUAUGUAACAGUGUAUAUUACAAUAAGUUAGAAAUAAGCUAGACUGGCUUGGUCAGGAAAUAAGCCAAGCUUGUGUUCUAUCAGAUAAAACAAAAUGUCAUAUAUUUCUUUAUAUAUAUCUAUAUAAUUGAGAAUAGCUAGAAUAAAUAUCUACAAAUUUUUACUUCAUUUAUUAUGGUGACCAUCUAGAUUUUCUUACUAACCUGUUUAAGAUUUUUCAUAGGGUCACCACAUGAUAGCAACAGAGAAAAAGGCAUUCUGUAUGAUAAAUCUACAGUAUUUAUAUUGGUACAUACAUAGAAAAACCUGUUGUUUAGAUAUUGGAUUUAUUGUAUACACACAUAGUUUAGAUGUAUAACUACAGAUAGUACACGACCAGUACAAUGUGUUAGUUAUCUUUCUGUAUAACUUCAGGUCAAUAGACAAAAAAACUGCUGGUAGAUAUAAUGAUAAAAUCAUGAUUAAAUUCAAAUGAAGGCAUCAUCAAAAAGAAGCUUAUCAUGUACUUGCCAGCAGUGUAAAUUUUUAGACAUGAAAUAUCCCUAAUAAACUUCAGUAGAUAGACCAGUAUUAUCAUAGACAAUCCCUUAUUAAUCUACAUAAUUUAUUCCUGUUGUUCUUCACUCAACUGAUUGUGAACAGAAUUUUCAACUAUGAAUUGAAAAUGAAAAAAAAAAUGUUUGAAGUUGUUUAGGUAGAUUCUGUGACCAUGUGGAUAGAUGAAGCUAUAUUCAGAUAUCAAUAAUAAUGUCAGCACUAUACAUAGAACAAUGUGACAAACUUGUGAAGUUUUUGUAGUCUGACCUGAGAAGCAGGUGUCUGAUAAUACAGGUUUUUUGUUGGUUUUUGACAAUUUAAUCAAAAGCAUCUGUUACGACAGGUUUUUGGAGUCUUACCAAGUAUGUCUUGAAUGAAUCAGGUUUUAAUUUAUUUAUUUUUUUUAAUCAAGGUUUGAUAAAGAAAAAAAAUGUGGGGCCGAGUGUUAUGAACAUUAUAAACGUUUUAUUGGUAUGCCUCAUUACAUGUAAAAUAAGGCUACAAUCUAGUAAUUAAUUGAUAUUGUAUAUUGUACCACAUGUGAUAAUUACAGAAGUAUUUUCGACUGAUCAGGUGAGAGAAGAUGAAAUAAAGCUUGACUGUUUAUAAGA